CGGUGGUGGCGCCGCGGAUCGUAGCGUCGCCUCGCGCCGCCGCUCUCGUCCACCGGUUGCCGGCACGGCACAGCGCCGCUCCAGUCCACCGGAGACUCCGCACUGCGGCGGUACAUUAAUACGUUAUCAAGUAAUCCAAAUUUGCCCGAAGUGUUACUUCAUAGGCCGUCGUUAAUUUGUGAAUACGUACCGAUAAAUAAGUGAUUUAGCGAAACAAUACUAGUGUUUGUGUGUAUCGCAUCCCUGCAAAAAAAUCGCGAUCCUUGUGUUUUCUUAGAAGCUUCUCUCUACAUCCCAAUUUUAUUGACGCCGAUUUGAAUUACAUAUUUCAAACGCAGAUUCUUGGACUACAAUAAUUGAAAUAUUACAUCUAACAUCCUGGAAAAUUUAUAGGCAGAGAAAAACAAUGAAGAAAAACAGAAACUGUGAAAGUGGAUGGUGGGUGGUAUUGCUGACAGCCACGCUGGCGGCUCCUGUAUUGGGUGAGGCAGCCGUUGGUCUCUACAAUGCGAGACUGAAACAAGUGGUUACAUCGAGCACGCUUAAAUGGACCAACAUAAAAAAAGAAGCAAUGCAAAACUAUGUUAUUGGAGCUGAAUCUGCAAAUGGACCAAUAUACCUCUGCCGAGCGCGCCAUGAAGGAGAUAUGUUGCUAGGACAGUUGAGACCUAAUUACACACAAUGCGCUGUAUCGGGAUCUAAAAGUUAUACCUUAUUCGAAGUGCUUGAAAACAUUGAAAAUGCUUCCCUAAUAAACUGGCAAAAAUGGUCUAAAUUCUAUUCCAAACCCAGUGGAGCUGUUAUAGUAGAUUCUUCCGUGGAUGCCGUUUUCAUUGGACGACAAGCUUCAUCAUCGCAAGGUGGAUUUUCUCAUAAUAUUGGAAGAAUAUCUUAUGAAAGUAAUAUCGGACAGCUGAUUACAUUUGACGACAAAAAUAAUGAGUUCAGCGAAAAUACUGGAGAAAUUUUGGUUGAAAUUGAACCUGUUAGCUACAUGUUAGAGUAUGUUGUUUUAGAUGAAGACACAUUGCAUAUUAGACAGUCAGAUCCAGAGAUAUUCGGAGAAAGAGUAUUACGUAACGAUGGCGAUGAACCCGCAGCAGAUACAACAGCUAUUGAAUACGAUUUCAAUUAUAUUCUAUCUUGGGGUCAUGGUCAUGGAAUUGCUAUAGGCCUAAACACUACUAUAAUAUUGACAAAUGGUACUGAAUUCCCACAAAUUGAAUGGGCUAACCCAUUUACAGAAAAAAUUACAAGGCUAUAUAAUUUAGAAAAAUUUUUAGAACCAGGUACAGCUUGCAAUGUGACUUUUAGGGGUAACCGUACCGAACGAGAUGUGCAGUAUACAGGCCAAUUAACUACAUAUUACAAUAACCAUGAUCCUCGUAUCAGACAAAUGAGAGGUGAACGAAUUGAAAAUACAUUAGAAGUUGAAGCUAUAUAUGGAGAUGUCUAUUUUGUUGGUAAUAACAGUUUGGUUCCCACCACAACUACCACUACGACAACUACGACGACGACCACUACUACUACUCAACCUCCGCCACCACCACCACCUGCGCCAGAAGAAAAUGAUAUUGCCAAUGCUUUGAAAAAACCUGAUAGCCCAAUAGAGGAUAAUAAUAUGUUAAAUGAUAGUACCAUGGUAAAAGCACCGCCGGUAAAGGAGGUUAACAGUGCCGUGGUGGAUGGUCGCGGUAGUAAUAAUCUUAAUGGGGCCCAUAUGAGAACCGUUUCCGUUAUCCUGUUCAUUCCAAUGAUUACGUUAUUACUUUAAAACAUAGUAGGUAUCUAGGGAACCCGUUCCUCUGUAAAUAAUCGAAGAAUAUAUAUUAAACAGUUGCUUGAUCAUUGAUGUAUGUAUUUGGCAACUAGGCUUGAUGCUGUUGUUUGUUGACCGGGUGUAGGCAAUAAAUAUCUUCCUCGGUUCAAUUUUGUAAAUAUGAUAUUUUUGUUUUCUUGACAUUCCUGUUAUGUGAUUUCAUUCCAAUAUGUAAAACGAGGAGCCAAAAUUAUCACAUAACUGUAAAUAGUUUAUGUAAAUAUGUAGUUACAAGUAUGGAAGUCGCAGAGCGACAUGAAAAAACCUUGUCGUUUACGAGAUUCAGAUUUGGAGGUUUGUAACAUCGUAGUUAGGGAUAAUAGCAAGUGAGUUCGAUUCUGUUACCAUUAUUUUUUUUACGAUAGCUAAUGCUAUAAAUUAUAUACUUAUCAAGAUAAUUGUUAAUAAAGAAAUUAUCGAUACACCAGAAAACAAUAGACAACGGUUAAACAUCCUAGUAUUAAUUAAAUACUGCGUUAAUCUAGUUUCUUUGCAAAGUGACAGCUUUCACUGUUUUAAUUAUCUGGAGCCUAAAUGACAAACAAAUUAAUAUUAUUAUUAAUUUACUGCAUAGUUACCCCUCAAUGUUAAAAGUAUUAUAACUAUUUGUUUAAAGACAUACCAAUUUCAGUCUCAAAUGAAUAUGGUUAAUAAAGAUUACUAUUACCACAGUCAAUCUUUGCUGAUAUGCUGAAAAAAAAAAACAAAAUAAACAAAGUAAUAUCAAUAUUAUUUUGUUUACCAUAAGACAGCGUAACUAAUGGUUGCCACUUCCUUGUAAACGUCAAUAUAAUUUUAUUUUACAUCACUUGUUUGUCAGCUCAAUAUUCUCCAUUAAUAUAGAAUAUAGAACUAAAAUAUUACGUAUUUUAGCAGAUUCUCCCAGUUUUCAAUAAUAAAGUAUUUUCUUUAUAUUUAUUUGUUUUUGUUAGUUUGUAAGUUACAAGAGUUUUUAAAUCCAGAAUUAAGAGAUAUUAUUAUUUUUAAAGCUUUAGUGUUUAUCGAUAUUUUAAUUUAUUUUGUUUUUAUUACUCUUUAUUUUUAAGACACGUCAGAUAUAUCUACUUAAGUAUACCAUUAUGGAUACUUUUAACGAAUAAAAAAGGACUAUGACUUUGUUAAUUCUUACCAAAGUACUAGUUUACUUUGUAAGUUUACCACCUUUUAUUCUAUAUACGUACAUCAUUAAUACAUAAAAUUUAAUAAUAUCCCUCCGUUAUAAACUUACCAAUACUAAUUGUGUAGGGAAAUCCUUAGAAAAUGAACUGUUUUUGACAACAGUUAUUGUUAAUGCUUAGCGGUUUUGUCAAUGUGUAAAGAAAAUGGAUGAUAUUUUUGUAUGGGUAGAUAUCGAUUGUAAGUGUUCGCCUUAAGUAAGUGAAGUUACUUCAAUUUUCUAAAUAUUUCUUCGUCUUUCAAUAUAGACGUUUGAGUUGCUAAUACUUAGUAUUCCUUAAUAUUUUACAGCUGAUGGUAAAGUUAGUUAUUGUAGUAGUAAACGUUGAUUAUUUUGUACAUCAAUCUCCCACCUAGUGUACCUUUUAUCAAAUUAGCUAUAAAGUUAUAAUUAGUACCUAAUUACACUUUGCUUUUAUUUAAUAAAAUAUUUUUGCUUAAAGUUGUAAAUUGAUGUUAGAAUUAAUAAUAUUCCGAUACUCCUGGCCUCUAUGUUCAACGUGAUAUUCUAGAGGAUGAUUGCUUAUAUCUCAUGUUAGAUAUACAUAUAUCUGUUCUUUAUAAUAAAUAAGCAACGUUCCAUUAUUAUGUAACCAAGCGAUUCCUACUAAAUGGUUAAAACAGAAUCUCGUUAAACAUCAAUAUUGUUUUGUGAAGCAUAAUUGUGAUGUUUCAUGUAAGAUUUAUUUCUUUAAAAUCAUUAAAGUGUAAUUGAAAAA